AUGGACGGCAACUGGCUGGCGCUGUUGCUCGAACGCAACAGCGCCGAUCCGCUGGUCCGACUCAAAUUGGGCGUUCUUCUCCAGGAGGAGCUCCGUCAAAGGGGCGUUCCUCUUCACAACAAGACCAUCCACGAGUUUUGCGAUGUCGUCUUUCAGUGGCUCGUCGCCAGCAACUUCAAGGUACCUCUUUAGGGGUUUUUUCGGAGAUAGAACCUGAAAAAAGUACGUUUUUGAUAAUUUUCUAAGUUUACUAGGACUAUAACGCAACUCUAACGCCCUCCGGAGGUUUUUUUUUUCUCGUUUGAACCGUCCCUUUCCCGAUUUAGCAAUGGAGCGCGAAUGCCCUACCAUGCCGCGGCUGUUUUUUCUUCACUACAGAAAUUUUCAAAAUCACCUUUUCUGUCAAAUUUCAAUCGAUUUCGAAAAGAAAAAGCUUGAAAAUAACUGAGGAAGGCCUUUGGAAAGCACAAUAUACAAAAUUCUACAGGUCUCCCUGGUGGCUCUGGAAAUCCUUCAAACGGGUCUCGACGUGUCUGGCGACGUCUUGGCGCCAUACUACUUUGAUCGAUUGUCUUCCAUAGUUGAACGGUUCGAAUAAUAACCAAUUUUCAUUGAUUUUCCAUCAAUUUUAGACUUGGAGAUUCGAAACAGCCGGUUCGCGACGCGGCAGUUUACGUGUUGCUCACGUUGGCUUAUUUGGAAAACUCUUCCCCCAAUGUUGGUUUUUUUUUCCGUUUGGUUAACAAAAAGUAGUUUUUCAAUGAAAACAAAAAUGAAAAUCCGAGAAGUCGUACUUCUGGCAAAACUAUAGAGGCUCGAGAGGACACUAAAGUGGCCACUGAACCCACCUCUAUAGUGGCCACUAUCUUCCGUUUUAGUGGUCACUAUAGAGGCUCUCUAUUUAGUGGCCACUUCAGUGAUUUUUCAUCCAGUAUUCCUUCCAGUCUGAUAAUUUUAAAACAAACAGAUUGGACCAGUUAUGUUGAUCCAUUGACCCCUAAAGUGGCCACUAAAAUUUUUAGUGGUUUAGUAGGAGCACUUAGACCUCUAUAGUGGCCACUAACUUUUAACCUCUUAAGAGACCACUAAUUUUACUACUAUAGUGGCCUCUAAAUUUUAACCCCUUAAGUGGUCCCUAAUUUGAUUACUUUAGUGGCCACUAAAAGGUCAAAACCCUAGACUGGCUACUUAAAAUUUUUCCACUUGCUGAGAUGCGUCAGAGUGGUCCUUAGAAGGAUAAGGGGAAAAACCCCUAAAGGGAUGACAUUUAGGUGGUCCUUAUAGAGGUGUAGGCUCUCACCCCCAAAUCCCUGAAGCUCAAUUGGUCCCUAUAGUUUUUUCUUACCAUUUUUGUUAUGAUUUGAAGGACAAAAGGUGUUUAAAAACGUAAUAUGCUUCCCUAGAGUGGUCACUUUUGCAAGCUUUAGUGACCCCUUGAGGGGAAACUUCAAAGGGUCCAAGUAAGCCCUCUAGGGAUCACUCUGACGUUUUUGAGUGCCUCCGAUUUGCCACGUUAUAUCAAAAUAUCUUUUAUAAGUCGAAUGAAAAAUGCUGGGACAGUACUUAUUUAGGAGCGAUUUGAAGGAUUUUGAGACAGAUUUCAAAUUUUUGUGGUGUUUUUCGAAAAUAUUACUCUGUUUUUUCGUCUCCUUUCAAUAUCGUUUUCUGCAAAUUUUGAAGUUUACGGCUCUUUUUAUUUGAAUUUCAUUGAAAAGUCUCCAUUUUCUGUCUUUUAUUUCCAUUGAAAGGGCUCAAAUUACAUGUUCAGAUUCUCAUGGACCGACUGAUGGCGGGAAACAACGGGUUCAGCCACAAGCAAUGGCUGGUCAAAGUCGGCUGCCUGCACAUCUUACGCGAAUUUUUGAGCUCAAGGUCCAUUUUUUCUUCUUCAGAGCUUUUAAACUUGAUUUUUCAGUUAUUUCUCGAUAGCUGGACAAGUUAACGCGUUGAUUCCAAGGAUUUGCCAAAUGACCAGCGAUUCCAAUUCGGAAGUGAGAAUUUUUUUUCUUGAAUAAGAAAAUUUAUUUUUUCGCGUUGAGAAAUGUCAACAGAAAGGGUUUUUUUGGAGUUUGAAGCACACAUUUUUUCUUUUUAAAUGUCCAAAAGUUCAUAAAAACUUCCCCGAUUUGAUAUGAACUUAAAUAAUAUAUUUUUCUUGCCGCCUCGACUUUCCACGGCCGCAUUUGGAAUGGCUAAAGGUGUUCUUGUCGUUUUUAAGAUGCUCCCGACCAAAAAUGACUUGCGCUUAAAGUCAACAAAGGUCAUUAGAAGAAGCUACAAGGUUUCAGUUUUGAACCUCGACGCUGUGAGCCAUUCCAAAUGCGACCAUAUGAGGUUCAAAUAAAUGCCUUGAAGAACAAUUUUCACUGUGGUUUUUUUUUAAGUUUCCGUUCUUGUUUAAAAUUUUACGUAAACGACAAAAAUGGAAAGGAAAUGAAUCCAUUUUUCCAUGUUGUUAAACAAAAAAUGAUCCAAGAAUUGCAAUUUUUCCUUCGGAUUCCAGGUAAGAGACGCGGCGACAAACACGCUAGUGGAUAUUAUGGUCGCCGGAGGGCCGGCUACCGUCGAAAUGAUCCAAAAUUCGCGGCUCGUUCCUGACCAAAAGUUGGUUUUUACUGUUUUUUUCAGGUUUUAUUGAUUUUUUCAAAUCUUUGAAGAAAUCUUGAUUUUUCUUCUAUGGCGGCUCUGGCCAAGCUUCUCCCAGAGCUUGAUUUUUCGAACCUUCAUUCAUUAAUUUCAGCAAAUUUUUCUUUAAUUCCUUCUUUUUAAGUUUUAAAAACUGUUUAUUGCAUCUUCAAUGUAACAAUACAUGGGCAAUCGACUUUCAUUGGUUGAACUGUGUUUAAACGGCGGCAGAAGCUGUGUGGCUUAGGUAGAGAAGUUGUGGAUCGGAAACUAUUAAAAAAGUAGUUUUUUAUCAAAAUAUCACCCAAAAACGUCUCGAUUUUCCAAUUUUUUUUUAGUUAUACACUUAUUUUUAAGCCGAUUCAUUCCAAAUGAUAAAAAUUAUUGGCAGUCCAGAGCUUAUAUUAACUGUCUGAAAGUGUUGGAAAUUAGCUUUCUAACUAAUUUGAAACGUAUUUAAUGGGAGAAUCAGCGGGCUGGAUAAGAAAGAAAUGAAUAUAAUUUUCGAAAGAAAAAAACGUCCUCCACACGUGAUCUUUUCAUUAUGGGGAGAACAUAUAUUUUUAAAAAACGGUUUUUUUUUCCUACAUAGAGAGAUUAUGAAAAAUGAAAAGAUUGAAUUUAAAAAAAAACCGUUUAUAGCAUUUUCAAUGUGAGAAUACAUGUGCAAUCGACAACUAUGUUUAAACGGCGGCAGGAGCUGUGGCUUAGGCAGAGAAGUUGUGAAUUUCGCUCGUAGAACAUCAGGUACAAGAGAGGUCGUAGGAAGAGUUACGGUGCCGGCUUUCCAAAGGCCGAGGGCAGAGAUUGAGCCUUUUCGCUGCAUGCAGCUCCCAAUUUUAUCUACCCCGGAGGGAUGGAAGGCUUGGUCGACCUCGGGGGAACUCGAACCUACGACCUUGCGGACGUUAGAAAUGAGUCUUACCAGCUGAGCUAUAACCCCCUUUUUUUCUUUUUGAGUGUUUUCUGCAAAUUUCGUAACGGCCUAGGUAUCUUGAAAAAUCUAUAGACCCUUAUUAUAUUUAUUAAUAACAAGGGGAUUUCUUAUCUUUCAAAAAUUGAAAAUAAAUCUCUGUUUGGUAUAAAUUUUUCAAAAAUAUCUUAAUUUAAACUUCAUUGACUAGUUUCCCAAUUUGGAAGUCUAAAGCUGAAAAAUCGGUUGAAUUAUAUGAUUUUUUUACACGAUCACGUUAUCAAAACACUUUUUCUGGUUAAAAAAAAAUUGAUUUUUUUGAUUUUUUUCAAAACUCUGUACUGAUUUUUUAAAUUUUUUCUCAUUUUCCUUUAAUAGGUGCUUUUUUUUAGAACUGAAAUUUUUUCCUUAGAUUUUUGAUUUUUUGAACAUUUUUUCUGAUUUUUGAUUUUUUCAACACUAUUUACUGAUUUUUUUCGACUAAUCUUUCUAAUUUUUCCCGUGUUAGGAGCUCUCUUUAAACUGAAGUUUUCCAGUUUCGUAGAAAAUAACUUCAUAUUUUUUUCAGAUUUUUAGAUAAUUUCAAUGACAGUUUGGCCCAUUUUGAGCUUCUCCUACGUUGCCUAGUUUUGUUUUCGAGAUCCCAGUUUCUUUCUGAAAAUUCACCAGCUAAAAAUAACAGAGUUCAUCCUAAAAUCACAACCGAAAACCAUACGUGUUCCUACGAAAACCGUCCGCACUUUCGAGACCUAUGCAAAUGAGGCGAAGGUCAUCCUGCCCACGAGAGACAACUGCAUUAAUCCUCGCUCUCUUCUUCUUACGCUCCAAUUAAUCAAAACCCACGUUUUAUGUGUAUUUCAUCGUUUGUACAGUUCCCAGGUGGAUCUUAAUAAGUUUCUUGAUUUUCAAUUUUCCAGUAGACUCCUCUUUUUUUUAAGUUCAUACUCAUGGAAAUUAGCCUCAAGGUUUAUGAGUACCUUGUGAAACGGGUAGAAUUUGGGGCUCUUUAACAAUUUUUUCUUGAUUUCCAGUUUUUCAGAGAAAAGAGAAUUUUUCAAUACUUUGGCUAAUGGAAAAUUGUUUCAAAAGUAGUCUUAAUUUUUAACUAAACUUUCUGAAACGGGAAGAAUUUGAAACUCUGUAACAUUUUUUUAAGAGGACCACAUUUUUUGGUUGAUCCAAUUUCAUCAUCAGUUUAUUCAUUUUACAGUAAAUUUUAACUUGAAAAUCCCUUCAAAAUGUGUUUUCAGUCCUAUUUAGGUUCGAUUCUGGAAGCUUAGAAUCAGCGAACAGCUUAAAGAGUAGGGAUUCGUUUCGAAAAUUUCUUUGAGACGUUCAUCCCUCUUUGGAAUAAACUGGCUACAUUGGGAAACCUCAAUGUUUCUCCAGAUCGUUUCAGGUCUUUGUUACUAUCCCUCGAUAACAAUUUCCUUUUUGGAUCUAUUCCCAGCAGACUCCGUUGAACCAGGCACCCGUGCUUCAGCCCUACUCUUAUCCAUCUUAUGCGCGUCUAUAUCAUUACAAACAAUUCAAUUCCCCAUUCACCUGUGCUACACUGUGUCAUAACUUAUAAUGCUUUCUUUUCUAUUCACUUUUUUUACCUUUGUGCAAUCCUUACCUCUUAUUCCUUCAUUACUGGCUCAGAGGCUCGUGAGGGCCUCAAGUGCCUUUUAUUUAUUUAUUUCAGGCUUAAUGCCAAAUUUUUCUCCUUUUUUCUCUACGUGUUAUUUUUGUUCUGCCUGUAAAUAAAUAAUAUUAUUAAAAGAACACUUUUUUUCAAAAAAAUAUCCACUGAAAUUCAUUUUUUUCAAAAACUUUAUCGACUUUUAACCCACUAAAACCUUCAAAUACGCUCCGAAAAAAACAGCUUUGUUAGAUUACAAAUUCUACAAAAAAAGCAAUUUUUUUAUCAUUUAAUUUUUUUUUAGUUUUUGUCUGCUCAGAGAUUUCUGAAUUUCAAAACACCCUCCAAAAAAGACGCCGCUCUGACGCACAAGUAAAUUAGUCGAAAAAUUUGAACUUUAGCUUCUUGACUGUUCUCAAUUUUCUCGAAUCUCAAAACACGCUCUAAAGAAGACGCCCUGACGCACUACUGCAAAUUAUUUGGUUAAUCAACUUUCUUUUGCUUCCAACGACUUAUUUUUGCUUUUUCAACAACUUUUUUUGGGUUAAAAAUUCGGAAUCAACGUGAAAAUCUGCUUGGAACAUGGAAGAUUUCAUUCAGAACGGAGUGUUAGUGUACCUGUACCUGUCCCAAGAGCUGAAAAUCUCUUUAGAAAUUAUGACUUUUUCCAGAAUGACAGUGCUCCUACAGCGAUACGAAGCGGCUGAGAAGGACUUGCCGCCGAGAAAUGGAGCUGAUCCAGCUCCGAUAGCUCCCCAACGGAGCAUCAUGGCCAGAAGAUCUCUGAGGGCGCCAAUGAAAAUCAACUUUCCGACGAGGCUUUCGACGCCUCCGAAUUCCGUGGUUCGAUCUACGAAUGGUGAUUUUUCUUUUUUUCAAGUUUCUGAGAGUCAUUUUUUGACUGAUAUAUGUGAUACCUCGUAUGUCGUACCUUUCACUAUGAAAAUUCGGUUUCUGCGCACUGAAAUUUCAAUUUUUUGGGAAAAUUUUUAGUGGCCACUUUAGGGUUUUGAAGAUUUACUGGCCACUAUAGUAGUCGAAUUAGUGGCCACUUAAGUGACUGAAAUUGGGUGGCCGUUUUAGCCACUCAGACGCAAAAUAAAGGCUUCUAUUCAGGGGGUUUGAGUGGCCACUUCAGUGCCUUCUGCAAGUGGUCCUUGAGGAACCCCUUAAAUGUCCACUAGAGUUUUUCCAGUUAACACAAGAAGUUCGCUUGAAAACCUUGAUUUGACGGAAAUUUAAUCAAUUGAUUAUACCUUCAAUUAAAUAAAUAAUGAAACUAUAUUACAAAAAUGCUAUAAAUAUACCGUAAAAUAUUUCUUAAAUAAUCUGGAAAAGUCAAAUAUUUGUAUUUCAAGCCUCAACCCCAUUUUAAAAUUGUAGUUCAAUCGAACUUAUUGGGAAAAGUUGAAAGGUCAGGGAUCUCUGAAGAAAAAUGGGCCUUGAAAAAGAUAAUAAUGAGCGAAAUUAAGAUAUUUUUUUACGAGAGAAAAAGUUUUGAAAUCUAAAAAAACAUUGAACUUUCCCGAUUUUCUCAAUUUUUGAGCGUUUUUCUCAAGUUUCUUACCUUUCUUCUUUCGAAAUAUCAAUUUCAAUGCAUCUCAGAAAGUUUUAAAUCAGUUUUCUUCAAUUUUACGUGUAUUUUCAACUGAACUAUAAUUGUUUUAUACAAUAAAACUCAAUAAAAUAGUAACCACAACCACUUUUUCCAUCAAAAACCAACCAUUCUUGCCAUUUUUCAUUGUUUGUUACAACGGACACGAAUUUGCCCACCUGUCGUCGCUUUGUUUGAUCCAAAUAGGACAAAUUCCCUGUAAAACAUCCAACUAGACAGCCACUUGGCAAGUCCUUUCGCAGUAGGGCGCGAUUGUGAUUUGCGCGGCAAAUUAAAGACGUUUGAAAUUUGCGUAAUUUCUGAAUCAUCAUUUUACGUUUUUUUUUCUGUUUUCUUUUGGAUUUUGCGCUUUUUUACUGUUUUCCGUUGGACUAGAGUUUUAUUCGAAGUAAACAAGGGUGGGACGAGUAUUAAAAAUCAGUUUUUCACAAAAUUUUUGUGAAAGGAGGUUGGUUAUUUGUUUAUUUAUUUUCAUUUGUAAUCUGUUGUUCAAGAAUUAUUGCUCGGAUGAUUGAAGGUCUCGGAGAACCUGAAAAAGCACUGGAAACUGUUUUUCGCUCCGAAUAUUUCUUUGAAAGUCGGCUAUGCUCCUUUAAUCACCCAUCAAUCCUUUUUUCAAUAUAGGAUUCUUGGACAAAUUUUUCGAAAAUUGUGAUUUUUCAAAGAUAAUUCGGGACCGUUUCAUUACGGCUCCAGUUGAAAAAUUUUGAAAAGGGAACAGUUUUUGAAAAAAUAUCACAAAAAGUGUUUUAAAAGAGUUUUUUUCUAGAACCUCUCAACUUUUAAUUUUCAAGCCAUUGCAAUGAAUCAAAUUCCUGACACUACCAUAAAAGGGCAAUAGUUGGCGGGAAAGUAAUCGAAAAAUGGCGGGAAGAAUUGCCCCGUCGGGCUGCCUUCCAGUAUAAUUGGGCUUUUCUAUCGAUUCUUCCAUUCCGACGCAUCUUCCUUCCAGUUUUUUUUUGGGCUCUUUUUUAUGUUUCGGAUGUUUUUUGAGCUCUUUUUUUCGUGUUAUGGAAUAAUUUUUAGGCUAGGAGACAGAAAAAAAUUCGUAUCUCUGAACGAGAAAAUGUUUCGGAAAGAGAACGAUUUUUUUAGAAAAAAAACUUUUAAAAAAAUUAAUUUUUGCUCUUUUUUUCUCGAAAUCAUUUGAAAAUUGGUUCAUAACUUAACUUCAAGCUUUUUUUAUAGUUUUUUUACCGUUUUUCAAGCUUCUAUUAUAUUUUUUUCUUCAUCAACUGUCUAAUUUCAUUUUACCUACUGGAAUCAAUAUUUCAUCAAUUCCUCACAAAAAAAUCCCCGGUAAAUCAACUCAAAACUUAAUUCCCAAUCCAAUUUCACGUCUCCCAGUGCGUGACGGUCGAAUCUCAAUGCCAUCGACAGAAUAUCUUGAGAGAAAAAAGGUCCCCGCCGCCACCGGCCAACCCAACACAUAUUGACUUAUCUAUCGUUCCUCUUUUCUUCCUAUCGAUUUCUUCUGUUCUUGGGUUUUGAGUUUGAAAGUUAUAUGAGGAAUAUUGAUGUUCAUUGUUUAAUCUUGCAGUAGAAAAUGAGAAAAAUUGUUGUUUUUUGAAGUUUUUUAGUGGGAAAAAUGAGAGAUAACGUAUGAAAGCUCCCAGUUUCAUUGAAAUCCAAGUCGAAUCGAAUUUUCAAACGAUAUAUUUCUGCAAUUAUAGAUUUUUAGUAUUAGAUACGGAAUAUAUUAUAGAAAUUCAGUUUUUUUUUGUGUUUCCAAACAAAUUUAGAUAUAUUGAUCGAUAAGUCGAGGUAAAUUGACUUUUUCUACGAUUUUCAUUGGGUCUUUUAUGUUUUUUUAUAAUGGAUUUUUUUAGUGUUAAAAAAAUCAGGCAUAUAUUAGAUUAUAUGUGUCCUUCUUACAUGCUUAAAGUAAAAUUUAUAUUACUCGAUUUUAAAAAAAUGUCUUCUUUUUAAAGAUUUAUUCAAAUUCUUUCAACAUUUUUUUAAAAAUUUUUCUAAAACCCUUUCUGGUGGUAUGAAAAACACCAGCGAAAAUUCAAACGGCGACUUUUUCCGAUUUUUUUCAUAUCGCUAGGUAACUUUCCGACGGCCACCUUUCCGACGAAUCUUUUUUUCCGACUUUUUUUCUCGAUAAAAUCUUCGUUUUAAAUCUUCCAAUAUAAAGUAGGUAGUUGUUUCAUGAUUAAAAACACAAAGAAAUAGGAAAAAUGUUUAUAGAUGUUUUAUAAACCGGAAAACUUGAGGGAAAAAAGUCGGAAAAAGAUUCGUCGGAAAGGUGGCCGUCGGAAAGUUCCCUAGCGAUACGAAAAAAUCGGAAAAGUCGCCGUUUGAAUUUUCGCUGGUCUUUUUUUCAUACCACCCCCUUUCUGAUCGUUUUCUCGUUUCUCCUGUUUCUUUUAAACUUGCUCAAGUGUUUAAUUUGAUUAUAAUCGCAAAUGUGAAUCAGAAAUUUAUAUGAAACCAGUUUUUUUAUUAUAUUGCGAAACAACGGGAUCACCUAUAAAUACAGAUCAACUUUUUCCUUUUAGCGAUUUUUGUGCAGGUUUCGGAGUUGAUUACGUAUAGUUUGGUACUCAAAACCCUAAUUUUCACGAUGAUUUCCUUAUUUUUCUCUUUUGAAAGUCUCAUUAAAGUUCAGUUUCAAGUGCAAUUUUAUUUAGACUCCAUUAAAAUAAUUGAAAAAAGGAAAAAAAAACUGAAAUUUUUGACUUUGAAAACUAUUUUUGGCGCGAAAAGGAAUAUAUGCUCCAUUGAGAAGGCCGGCCGCCACUCGGAUCUUUUUUUUUACUUUUUUUCUUUUUUUCGUCGUUUUUUGCGUUUUUGAUGUUUUUGGUCGGUUCUUUUCAUAUGUGACGAACAAUUUGUAUAAUUUUGAAGCAAGGAAAAUGAUCUUGGUGGUGGAAUAAUUGAAAAUAAAAAUAAAUCUUGUUUGUUUUUUAAAUAUUUUUUUUUCUAUCAUCUUAUCCUUUAUAUUUUGGUUUAUCAUUCCAACGUAGAGGUUUUUGAGGAAUCCCUAUUUUUUGAUGCGAUAAUAGAUGGUUUAAGGCUAUUUUUUUCGGAAUAAUCUCAUAUUUUCAAUUUUUUUAAUCAACUUUUUGACAGUUUUUCUUGAGAAGAUAUUUUUUCGGCAAAAGUCUAUAGAGACGAAGGAUCAAAUUCCAGAAAAUAGACUAUAAAGAAGCUUUGACUACUGAAAAUUUCAAUCCGAAAAGUUUUCCGAAUGAUAUAUUCCCGAGGGGAAUGAAGCGGUGUCCGUCAUUCGCCGACUUUUUUUCAUUUCUUUGUUUCCAUCGAUCUUUCUUCCAUGUUUUAAAGCUUAUAAUUUGUGAAAUUGGGAAGUUUCUUUUCUCGUAAUUAGCCUUUGAAGGGUUUUGAAUCGAUUUGUUCGUGGAAGUGGAGAGAGACCGAUAUGUAAACAAAUGAGCGGCCCUCACAAGUUUUGCCGAGUUCCUUGAGCUUUUUGGAACUUUUCUUCUGUCUGUUGCUAGUUUUUGUAGGGAGUCCAUGAGCACAUAGGGAAGAGAGAAACAUUAGAUUGAAAAAUUUUGAACUAAAUAAUCAUCAAAUGAUACAGAGAAGUGAGUCUUUAGAUUCAAAAAAGCAGAAAAUCUAAGGGUACUCAUGAUUUUACUAGUGAUCGGAGGAGUAUAAAAUCGAGAAAAAGAAAAAAAUUUUUUGAUUAGAUAAACUUCAUUUUUUUCAAGUUCAAAGUUGAAAGCUGAAAUUUGUAUUUUAUUCAGAAAAUCAACACAAAAUGAAUAUUUUUCCCUUUUUUCGAAUUUUUUUUUUGGUUUUUUUAGUCCAGCUAUGACUCAAUAGUGUCUCACAUGAAAAGUAACCGAUAAAGUUUAUUUUGAAAUUUUUUUUUUUUUUUGUAACAGAUAUUUGAUAUAAUUUUUGCAAAUUAUCGAUGAUAGAAUCAAUUUUUUUCUGUUCCACUGCACACAAAAAUAGUUGAAUUUUUCACUGAAAUGAGUUUUUUUGAGAUUUUUUUCAAGCGUUUAGUUGAUUAUAAACAGGUUUCUUUCCAAUUCAUCAUCAGUAUUUUUUUAAAGUUUUUUUCAAAGAAGCAAUUCGAAAAAAAUUUAGUUUUUUUGAGGCUCUUGAAGUAUUCAGUUCAUUAUCAACAGCUUCCUUCUUGAUUUUUUUAAUAAAUUAAGAGGUUUAAUUUGACUUUUUCUAGCCUUUUCUAAGAAUCAAAUGGAGAUUCUUGUACUCAAAAAUGCGAUAAAAGUUGUCAACUUGAUAUUUUUCCACCCUCCAAUGUUUACUAUUAUUUUGGCGUUCGUUUUCGCUAUCGUCGCAAAAAAAAGAACUUUUUUAUCUCACGCAUGCAUUGGAUUGCAUUGCGUGACGGCCCACAAAAGGCUCUUUUCUUCCCUUUUUUUUUACUUUUUCGGUAUGACGCAUCCCGUUUUUUGGGGGAUUUUGGGACUGUUGGGAAAGUUUUGGGAGUGUAGAUUUUCAAGUUUGGUCCUUUUUUGAACAGGUUUUGAUUUUUUGGUAAGCUGAUUAUUUAUCACUCUUCUGUUUUCAUUUAUAAUUUUUUUUUUGAUUCGAAGCCGGCGGAUAGUUGCGAAAUUAACAGCAAAUCUCUGUUAAAAAUAUUUUUUUAAAGAAAAAACACAUUUUUUUAAUUAAAAAAAGUUCUGAAAAAAAAGCUGAUUAAAGAAGUGAAUGGAUUCCUAAAUUUCUAUUUUUUUCAUAAAAUUUAUGGAAAAAAAAUGGGCCGGAAGACGAGUUUUUCUAUAUGAUUUUGUAGUCAUUAAGCGUUUUUUUUUCCAGCUAUUUUAAAUUUUUUCUUGUAAAUUUCAAAUUUUUUUUUAAAUUUGGCGAUCUGAACUGUACGUUUUAAUCAAGGUAGAAACUGGUCCCUUAUAGGGGCAACCUUGAACGCUCCCCUCAAGGGACCACUAAAGCUUGAAAAAGUGGCCCCUGUAGUGGACAUGAUAAUCGAUUAUUGAGAAGCAUUUUCAUGCGGAAAAAAUUAAUAAAUCAGCGUUCAUAAAAAAAGUGAAGGAUUGUUUAAGCAAGUUUGUCUUUUUUUAAUAUUAAAACUUGAGCUAAAUUUAGAAAAAAUCCUUUAGGGACCACUUGAGCUUCAUAGCCUUAUCAGUAAAACCCUCAACCCCUAUAAAGGCCCCUUUUUUUGUCCCGUAGAAUGAUUUUUCUCCCGGAUCCCUCUAGGGAUCACUCUGACGCUCCUGAGUAGAUUUGAAAAUAUUUUUUUAACUUUGUACUUUUUUUUUUUUAAAAGUGAUAGGCUUUUUUGUGCCCCUCCAGUACACUUUCCUCGCUUUUUUUCAUCUUUUCCAAUUUUUCCCCAUCAGAAAAGACGAUUUCCAGGCGGUCUCCACUCGCCGUCGCCUCAAUCGAACCUCACCGAGCCGAACUCGCCGCUCUCGUUGAGCAUCGCCAGCUCGAACAGCAGCCGAAGCCGAUCGUUUGGCCUCACCUCCGAGGAGUCCAACUCCGUCCGCAGAAGCAUGUCGUCAGUGAGGCGACCCACGCCUGCCAAACCUUCUGGUUCGGGUUUUUUAAAGUGUUUUUGAUGAUUUUUAUUGAUAGGAUGUAAAUAUUUCAAAUAAAAAUAGAAGAAAAAGUUUUUUUUCGCAACCUUAGGUAUCGAAAACUCGGAACAAAAAGCAGGGAGUACAAAAUUUUAACUUUUGAAAUGUUAAACUUUGAUUUUUUACGCUCCUGUUUUGAUUUUUUUAAUGAUAAAUUGAUUAUAUUCUUAUUGAAAUUAACGGAAGAUUUUUUUAAUUUAGAAGCCAUUGGUGCGAUAUUUUUGGUUGGAAAAUCCAGGCAAUCUAGUUUUAAAUAUAAAAACUUGAAACUUUGACCUUUUUGCUAGGUUUUUUUACAAAUAAAACAUGAAGAUUUUUGAUGAAAAAGUAUGGAAAGAAAAUUUUCAAUUUCGAAGCUUCAGGUGUCAUUUUUUUGUUAUAAUUUUUUUGAAGAGUGAAAAUCGGAAUGUUUUUUUGAAUCUUUUAACCCCAUAUGUGAAUUUCCAUUUUAAAAACUGUUUUUUCUACUUAUUCAUAAUUUUUUCAAAAUACUGUAGCUUCAAAUUUAAAGAAGGUUUAUUUGAGCUUUUUAGAAUAUUUUUGAGUUUGUUUUUUUGUUUGUGGAAAUCUACAAUAUUUGAAGGAUAAUUUGAAAACUUCCGAUUUAAAGUACAUUUUUCCAAAAAAGAUGGCUGCAUUUUUAAGUGCCCUCGAAAAAAUACGUAAAUUUACUAAUUUGUAACCUUAUUUCGCAACUUUCGGUGAACUUCCCCUAAAAGUUUGAAAUUAACCCGUUUGAUAACCUCAUUAACCGAUAAAUUGCCGUGUUAGGCCUCCCUCAACCGAUUUCCAAACGACGCUCCAGCACAGGUACAGUUUUCUGACGUGUUCAUUUGGGCAUUUUUGAACUUUUCCCUUGAUUGAAACAAAAAAUAUAAAUUUUCUUCAAGGGAAAAGCUCAAAAAUCAUCACGGGCCUUUUUUUAACCACAGUUUGGAGUGUUUUUUUUUCCGUACACUUUUGGUUUUUCAUUAUCGAAACUAACAUUUUUCUUAAGAUUUUUGUGAAACAAACGUUUUUCAACUUAUGAGGUGAUUUUUGUAUGUAUGAACUAAUAUUUUUCAUUGAUUUUUAUCAGAUUUCCGAUGCACUUUUUGACCAUAAAUUGGAUUUUUAUUGAAACUAGUUUCUCACUCUAUGCCAAUGAGUGCAUUAUUUUUCAGUGAAUACUGCAAAUUAACAUUAAAUUGCCUAACUUUAACUAUUUUUUUGAGGAGAAAAUGAAAAAAAUAGAAAAAAAUUUUUCAGCUUUUUCUGUCUUAAAGUGUGAUUUCUUAGUUUUCUUUUUUCUGAAUAGACUUUUUAUCGAUAAUUUUUAUUAUUUUUCAAGCUCAAAAAUUCGUUUCGUUUCAGAUUUUGCCUCGGGGUCGUUUGAGUAUUCAUUAAAAAUUAUCAUUUUUUUAAGUUUCCCCUUUAGUUUCAAAGCUGAAAGCUUUCCAUUUUAUUUUUUUAUUAUAGUUUUUUUCACUUGGUUUUUCAGUAUCAUUGAAAAAAAUAAAAGAUAUGUUUCAUUUUUUUCUAAAAUAUCUUCGGAAGAAGAAAAAUUUAUAACUUUUUUCCAGGUACGGUCGGUGCAGUAAAUGAGGACGACUUUAAAAAGGCGUUCAGUCAGGUCCCGAAAUGCCAGGUUUUUUUAAAAUUUUAUUAUUUAAGGUUCAAGGUUUCCACAGGUUUACGUGGAGAAUGAAUAGAUUUUUUUUUACGAAUUUAGUAUUUUAAAAUCUGAAGUUGGUAUUUUUUUGACUUUUAUAAGCUCAUUUUUUUCACGUUUCUUAUCUGUUUUUCUUGUAGAUUAAUAUUAUUUUUUUGUGUAAAAUUUAAGAUUUUUUUAAAAUCUGUUUUUUUGAGCAAUUUCACAUGAUCGAAGAGCUUUUUUUCGUACUCCCAGGAAAUUUUUUUCAGUUUAACCUUUUUGAAUUUUUAGCGUGAUUAAGUAUGUUAUUCAGCGUUUGUAUCUUAUUUUAAGGAGUGUGGCGUGGUCAAAGCGAUUUAUAUAGACGUUUUUUUUUUUGCGUAUCUAAUCAACUUUUGAGGAGCUUAACAUGGAUAGUAGGAUUUUGUGAGGCUUAUUUCACGUUUUGAAACUUAUUUUUAGGUUUUAAGAUGAUAAAGUGACUUUUUGCGAAUUUUAGCAGAAUUCAUAUUUUGUAUUGAGAACUCUAACAUGAUUAAAAAUAUCUUUUGAGGCAUUUUUUUUGCAUUUUCAAAUUUUUUUUUUCGGAUUUGAACAUGUUAAAAUGUUUUUCCUUAUGUUUUUGAAGGAUUAAUAAGAGUUUUUUCUCCCUAAAAAUAUAAUUUUCUAGGUUUUUUCACCCCAAGACGUCGUACAACAUUGUGAAUCGGCGCGGGCGAUUCUGGAAAAAACGGACGAAGACUGGUCGAAACGGGUCAAUGCUGUCAGUUCCAUUGGAAAAUCAUCUCAAAGACAAAAAAUCGAUCGAUUUCAGCUGAAACUCGUCCGAGCCGUCGUCCUGAACGGAGGAAAAGAGCACGAGAAACAGCUGAUCUCGUCCCUGUUGCUCCUGUGCGACGCCAUGGAAGUCUCCAUCAAAGACCUGAGAUCCCAAGUCUGUCGUGAAGCUUGCAUCACUUGUUGGUGAGUUGGGGGAAUCGUGGGGGUUAAAUUUCAACGGAAAAUGUUAGGAUUUUAUCGGAUUUAGUGGAAAAUGAAGUGGUUUCAUGGGUUUUUGUUGUAUUUCCUGCGAAAAAUGAUCAUUUUUUGAGCGUUUUGAGGCCUCCUGGAAAGUUUUAAGAAUCCAAAUUAUAUAUAUAUAUAUAUAUAUAUGGGGGAAUCGUAUGAGUAUAAUUUCAACGAAAAAUGUUAGGAUUUUAUCGGAUUUUAGUGGAAAAUCAAGUAGUAUCAUGGAUUUUUAUCGUAUUUCUUGCGAGAAAUCGGGUUAGAAGUUGGAAUUUUGAUUUUUGAAUAUGAAAAUGAGGUGAUUUUGGGCUUUUAAGGGGUCGUAGGAGUCAAGUUUGAACGAAAUUAGUAGGGAUUCCAUUCGUUUUUGUUGAAAAAAAAAAUUAGUUUUUUGGAUUUUCUCUGUAUUCCUUGAAAGAGCUUAUAAUUUUUUGAAUGUUCUGAAGUUUUUAUAGCUUUUGAGAGAUUGUAAGAAGUAAUCGUGAACCGAAAAAGAGAGAUUUUUCGUGGCAUAUUUUGAGCAUUUUGAAGCCUUGACACCUUUUCUCAAGCAAAGUCGGAAUUGUGGAUAAUGGCCGCUAAAAGGGAGAGGCUCAAAAAAGGCCGCAGAAAGGCAGCAAAAAAGUCCAUUUAUCCAGCCUCCCCUUUUUUUGGGCUUUUAAAGGCUCAAAAAAUGGUGAGAUAGUCUUUUAUUGUAUUUCUUGCAAGGAUAAGUCAUUUGUUGAAACCUUCGGAGUUUCGAAAGCUUCUGGGAAACCGUAUAAGUCAAGCUUCAACGCAAAAAAAAAAAUCGGACUUUAAAUGCUGAAACUGAAAAAUGAGGCAGCUUCUUGGGUUUUCCUUAGUAUUUCUCGUGAAAAUUAAUCUUUUUUUAAAUUUUUGAAAUUUUGAGCUUUGAAAAAUGAGAUGAAAAAGGACUUUCAAAAAAAUGAAAACUUCAUGGUUUUUCGGCCGAUUUUGAGAUGGUCGAUUUUCAAUUUGAAACAGUAUUUUUGAAAUUUUCAGAACGAAAGAUUUUUAGAAAGUUUAUUUUUGUUAUCUUUUUUUCGAUAACAUUUGAAAUUUUUGCAUUUGCAGCUACCUCCUGGAAGAGUUCGGAAUGUCUCUGUCCCGAUUGGGCGAGGCCGUCCUGCCCCAAGCUCUGGCCCAAGUUCCCGUUUCAACCAAAAUCAUGUCCACUUCGGGAGCCACUCUGGCGCAAUUCGUUGUUCGGGUUCGUUUCGGGAAAUGAUGAGAAAAAAAAAGAGUUAUAAACAAAGAAAUUUUUUCAUUUCGAUAGUGUGACGUUUAAAUCAGGAACUGAUGAUGAUAUACAGAUUUUACAAAAAAGGAUAAUUUUUGGAUAAUUUUAAAGAUCUGUACAGUACGGGCGGUUGUGAACUGGAAAAAUAUUUAGUGGUCACUAUAGGAUUCUGAGGUUUUAGUGGCCACUUAAGGGGUCGAUGGAUCAACAUAACUGGUCCAAUCUGUUUGUUUUAAAAAUAUCAGAGUUACUGGAUGAAAACUACUGAAGUGGCCACUAAAAAGAAAACCUCUAUAGUGGCCACUAAAACAAAAAAUAGUGGCCACUAUAGAGGUGAGUUUGGUGGCCACUUUAGUGUCCUCUCCAAGUACUCCUUGUCGAGCCUCUAUAGUGGCCACUAAAAAUUUUCCCAGAGUCUAAAAUUUUGAAAAUGCCUUUAAAAACUUUUCUAAACCGAAAAAAGCUUCAUUUUCACUAGGAAUUUACAAAUUCUUUUAAAAAAUAACAAAAGACUUUAAUCUGAUUUUUUCCAAAUUUUAAAUCUUUGAACACGAAAUUCCUUUUCAGAACGUCCAAACCAAGCAAAUCUACCAGACUGUCGUCAAUUCUAGCUCCUCCAAGGCCAAGGAACUCAGAAAGUUUGAAAAUUGAAUACAAAAAAAAAAAAAAUUGAAAAAUGCUUUUUCUAGGCAAGUUGCCAGCUUGGUUCUUUUGAUGCUGACGACCUGGGACCAGACGAUUUUGCAACGUCAUAUGCAGUCGUUGAUCGUCCUUGUCAAGGUGAAUUCCACCUUCGGAAAAAAAUCGGGAGGAAUCAAUGGAAAUUUUGGCUUGUUUUCGAAAGACUACGGAACUUAAAAGGACUGAAAUUGAAGAAUUGGGGCUUUUCAGGCACCUGCAGUUAAAAAAAAAAAAAUCCCAAGUGCGUAGGGGAUAUGAGAAAAUGAUAUUUUAGGCAGUUUUUGAACGGUAAAAAAAUCAAAAAAAAAAUUUUUUUUUUCGAUUACAGUCAACGAAUAAGCUGUCCAUAUAUUUCUACUGACUCAUGAGAAUAUUUUCCAUCUCGAAAAAUAGCCUAUACAGAUCCUAUGGUAGCGAAAAAUUAACCAAAUUUCAACUUUUUAAGUUCAAUAAAACUUUCGAAGCGAAAUUUCUUGAUUAAUUGUCUGAAAAAUUGGUAGAUUUCUUGACAGGGAACAACAGAAAAAAAGCUAGAACCGGAGGAAUAUGAAGAGAAAAAUAAGUAAAAAAAUAAGGAUUUUUUGUUCUUGGCGGGAAAAUUGGUUCAGUUUGGAAAUUUUUAACUUUUUUUUUUUUGAAUUCGUGUAGUCAUAUUUCUUCAAAAGUUUGUAAAAGCAGACGAUUUCAAAGGUUUUUAGUUUUUCUAUCAUCAUUUUUCCAUGAAUGAAUGAAUGUUUAUUUCGCUCACAGACAGAUCUGUGGCGUGGAGGAAGAGAACCAUGAAAGUUAUAUUUGCCUCCACUUCGAUAAAGUUCCACUUAAAUCUAAAAAAAUAUUUUUAGGUCGAAAUCGAAGAGAAUCAAAAAAAGAAAAAGUAAUCUAUAAACGAGUUGAAUCAUUAUGUGAAAUUUGCAGCUUCCUUAUCAAAAACCAAUUUUUCAAACAACUUUUAAAUCUUCUUUGGUCAUCCUCAAAAACCAUAACUCUGUUUAAGCCGUUCCAGUAUUUAUACACGCGUUGCGUAAUAAAGUUAUAGUGAACAUGAUGGAUUGGUGGUGGUUCGAGUUUAAGGCCGUUGCCUCUCAGUUGGUUUCGUCUAUUUGAUAUCGUUUGUAAUUUGAAUGGAGAUGGACACCAAUAAUAGCCAUAUAUGAACUUAUGUGUAAUUAUGAUAUCUUUUUCGCAGACGCCUUGUCCAUAGAGUGUCUAGAGAAAGGGAUUUUUAGUCUUACAGCAUAGGUUUCUUUUUGGGAGAAGCCGUUUGUUGAAUUUUUCUUUUGAACCGAUUCUAGCCUGUUUCAUGUCAGAUUGGGUCAGUGGAGAGAAUAUCUCCGAUCCAUACUCUAAAAAUUGGUGAGAAUUUUUGGCUUUAUAACAGUUCAUAAAGUUUUUUUAACGGAAAAAAAGUGAAGCAACGGAAAAAGAUUAUUGAUUAUACGAAUGCUUUUUUUGACUAUUAUGUCGAUAUGAUGAUGCAUUUUCAGAUCGGAACUGAAAUUAACUCCUAAAUCUCUAAUCACCUCUUGUUUGGGGAUGGAUUCCUCUCCUAUUCUAUAGUCGUUCCAGAUUCCCCUUCUCUUACCAUACCGCACAUAGACGCUUUUAGAACUAGAAAUAGAUAGUUGCCUUUCUAAAAGCCAGUAUCUUAUCGAGUUAAUAUCGGAUUGCAGCUUGAGGUUAUAAUUAUCAGUUUCUGAGCUUAUGAAUAAUUUUACGUCAUCUGCAUAAAUGAGCAUUUUGCUAUGUUUUACGACACUAGUUAUAUCAUUUAUGUAUAUCAAGAAAAACAACGGUCCUAAGCAGCUUCCUUGUGGAACCCCAGACAACACCUCGGUUUCGUUGGAUACCUCAUCAUUAAGGCGGACAAAUUGAGUUCUAUUUGUUAAGUACUGUGAAAACCAUUUGUGUAAGCGACCUACACACCCAUAAGCUUUUAACAUUUUAAUGAGCCUCCUAUGCGUGACUGAAUCGAAAGCUUUACUAAUAUCUAAAUAAACAACGUCCACAUUCUGAUUUCUACUGGCGCACUCGAUUAAAAACUUCUGUUUUUGAAGAAGUUGCGUCGUUGUAUUUCUAUUGUUGAGAAAGCCGUACUGUGAAUCAGAGAGUAUAUUGUUGCUCCAUAAGUGAUUUCUUAAACUUCGGACAGUAAUAGAUUCGAAGACACGACAUGGAACGCAUGUUAGGCUCACAGGUCUGUAGUUUUCCGCUUUUUGAGGGUUUUUUUUUUUGAAAUUUAGUCUAACUAUUGAUUUCUUCCAAAGAGAAGGCAAUAUUGAGGUAUCCAAUGACUUCUGGAAUAUUAAUGAUAAAGGCAACGCUAGGGGAAGGGCAAGUUUUUUACAUAAAAUUGAUGAUAAGUUAUCUGGUCCGGAUGAGUAAAGAGGUUUUAAUUUUUUCAGUGCUUCAUAUACAACAUGAGGUUCUACCAUCUGUUUUUCUAUUGAGAUUUUUUUUCGAAAAAGAUUAUUAUCCCGUGAUUUUUUGCGAGUUUCGAAAUUUUCACUGAUUUUCUUAAAUUUCGUUUUCUUUUUCAUUCUUUGACGGUAAUUUUGGGGCUCGGAAAGCUUCCUGGAACACGGCUUUGGUAUAGAAAUAAAUAGUAUUUGGACGUGAUUUGUUUCAUUCCUUCAAAUCGCUUCUUUUUCGAACUUUUUUGAAGCAGUUUUUAUCCAAAGGCAAUUUUCAGAGUGGAAUUUGUGACGCGGACCCGGACACGAGGCAAAUCGGCAGAAAUUGCUAUCACAGGAUGGAGGAAGUCUUCCCGCAACAGGCUAAGGACCUCUUUGCGGUCGGUUUUCGGAACUUUUUUCGAGAAAAAAUGGAUGUUUACUGAUGUUUAACUAUACUCAGGGAUUCUAGAGUGGUCCCUAUAGGGGUUAGGGGUUGAAAAAGUGGCCCUUAUAGGGGUAAAAUUAAGGUGAUCCCUAUAGGGGUUUAGGGCCUCACUUUUUAGUCCCUAAAACUUAAGUGGUCCCUAUAAGGUUGUCUCAUUUUUAUUUAAAAAAACGCUUAUUCAUUCAUUUUUUUUCAUAGAAAGGCUUCUUUUAGAGUUCACUUGCUGAAACCUCUAUAGGGACCACUUUUUGCAAGCUUUAGUGGCCCCUAGGUCGAUCAAGUGUUCCCUAGAGGGGUCCCUCCAAAGGCCUCUAAUGUUGCCCCUAUAGGAACCACUCUGGAGUUCCUAAGAAAUUUUAGAGGUCAAUUAGGUAAAUGCGAAGACGGAAAGAUUGAAAAUGAGGAGUUUUAGCUUAGGAGCUCCAAAAAUCAUUUCUGAACCUUAUUUAAAAAAUAGCCUUCAAAAUUAUACCGCCAGAGCAAAUUUUCAAUACAGAACUUUUCUCCUUUUCUUGUUUUUCACUGUUUUUUCACAAGACUUUUCGAAUUUUGGCAAGUUAACUUGGAUUUUGAAUUUUUCCUCGUUCAGUCGCUGGAGCCGAUGCGACAGAAGCAACUCGGCGGCAACGCGUCCGCGGCAUCGUCCUCGCAGUCGUUGAACAGCGACCGGGGUGCCAUGCCUUUGAACAACCGCCUCGGAACUCUCGGCGUCAGGAAUAAUGGUGAUUUUUAGGGAUUUUAGGGAUUCGAGCUGAAUUCCCUGUUUCAGCGUUCCUGAACCAAAGAUCCUCGUCGGCGAUCGACCCGAAGAGCGUCCGGAUGGGAAUGACGCCGCUCCGAGGGGCCCUCAAUAGACCCAGGCCUGGAUUCCCGGCCACUUCCUUCGAUAGAUCUCCUGGCGGAAGUUCGUCUUUUGUAAUUAUUCAAAGAAUCAUAUGCAUUCAACCUAAGUGACUAUAUCGCAGCGGGCUGCAGGCGAUAUAGCUAAGGCUUUUUUCUGCGAUAUCGCUAAAGUCUCGCCGCGAAAUUGGUAAAGUAUCGCUGCGAUAUCGUCAAAGUCUUGUCAAAGACUUGCUGCGACAUCGUCGAAGUCUCGCUGCAAUAUUUUUAAAGACUCGCCGCGAUAUCGUGAGAGUCUUGCUGCGAUAUCUUCAAAGUAUCCGUGCUAUUUUGUCAGAGUCUCGACGCGAUAUCGUCAAAAUAUCGCUGCGAUAUCGCUUUUUCUCAGAAAUUUUAAAUCAAGAAGACAAACGUUCGCUUUAUUUUUAAGUUUUAUGAUGAAAUAAAUCAAAUUAAAAAAAACUUUUUCAAAGAGCGUUAUAGCGCAAGAAAAUUGCAAGGUCGCACAGGCGAGCGAUAUCGCUCGCGGCAUAACAUUACUCUCGCUGCGACGCAUUUCAUAAUUAGGAGCGUAACUUUCAAAAAUCGAAAAAAUAAAACCACUUUCCGGCUUCAAACUGAGAAAAAUUGAUGGUUAAUGGAAUCCCUUGCUGUUUCAUCAGCGUUGUAGUCUGUAGUGCGAUUCAUUUUGAAAUAUACAGCAUUUUUUUGGAAUAUUGUCUAAUAAGAGGGCUUUUAAGAGUUGAACACGUAUAUUAAGAGAAAAAAAUAAUCAGAACCGGAUUUUUCCUUUCUAAAAAUUUAUUUUUUUCUGGUUAUUUCUGACUUUUUAUCAGAUAAUAGGAUCAGACGUAUUUGAAAAACGUAAAGGUUUUUUUGGAGCAUAAUUUUCUUUAAACUCUUUUUCGAGAUCCACUCAAACAUAGAUUUCCAAUUGCCGAAACUAUAUAUUUAUUCUGAAAAAAAAUUUGCUUCCAAGUAUAAAUUUCAAUUAUUAGCCAAGUGAGUCUUUUUUUGCUAGAAGUGAAGGAUUCUAAAGAGUAUGCUCCGAAACCUCCCGAAUUUCAGCCCAAUUCGCUCGUCCCGGAAUUGGAAUCCCUUCGAGAGGCGUCGCCGGGGCCGCGAGACCCGUCGCCACGCCGACCAAAAAGAGUUCCACUUCUUCACAACGUCAGAUUUCAAAGAAAUUUGAGAAGUUUCAGCUAGAAAAAGUUCUAAAAUGCGUUGGAUCAUCAGAAAUUUAAAAAAAAUCUUGAGCUUGAUGAAUCUUUGACACGAUUUUGGGGCUUCAAGUGGGCACUUGAGAGGUGCUACUGGACUCUCAAGGGGUGCUCACAUCCCUUAAGUGAUCACUAAAAGUAAUUUCGUCAAGUUAUGGCCCUCCUUGAUUUUUUCGCUAAAAAAAAUGAUGAAAUCGAAAAAAUCAAAGCUUAACAAGGUUUUGAAACGAUUUUGGUGCUUCAAGUGUACACUUAAAAAGCGCUCAUAACCCUUAAGGGAUCCCUUUUUACGGAAAAAAAACUGAAGCUUCACGAGGUUUUGAAAAGAUAAGGCGCUUCAAGUGGGCACUUAAGGGAAAUUCGUCGAUUUGUGGUCGAUUUCUAAUUUUUAUCUUGUAAUAAUUUUUGAUAAACACAUUUUUCUUUCUUUAUCGUAAUUUGAGUCGUAAAAGUAAAAUAAAAUCGAAAUUGAACCUAAAAUGUCAGUCAAGUGGUCACUAAAUUGGUUUAUUAAACGGAGAAUAUUUAAAUUUUUUUGUUAGAUUUUUCCUAUCAAGGAAAAAUUGUUAUUAAUUUUUUUAGGUAACUUCCCUUAGAAAAAAAUUGUAUUUCAAUAAAGUUGCUCCACUUUUUUUUUGAUUUUUUUGAAUUAUUUUCUCCUUUUUUUAGCCGGAUCUCGGAACGGUUCGCCGCCAAGGAGUGCCGAGCACACGAAUGGAUCCAGCAGAGUCCCCAGGACUUCUUACGGUUUUUCUAUUUUUAUAUCUCUGUUUCAAUGGGAGAUUUAGUAUUUUUUUCAGUGUUGUGUUGUCAAUUUCGUCCAGUCUUUUACAUGAUAAUAAGCCUUAAAUUUUCAAGAUGUUUUCUCCUCUAAGUGAUUUAUACCAAUGCAAAGGAAUUUUAUAGAUUUAUUUAUUGAUUUAAAGAUCGAAAAAAAUCUUUCAAAUCCAGUUUCAGAGUAAAAAUAUUAUUUUACGAUUAAUUUUUUUCCUUUUUUUCUGUGAGAGAGAAAAAGUUAGCGCUGAUACUGCAGUAGCUUCUUAAAAAAGUAAUAGAAUUUUCGUUUUUUCUUGGUGGAUUAGGGAAAAUCGGUAUUUUUUUCACCUUAUCAUUGAGAUAAAAUCAGUUUCAAAAUUAUUUUUUUAAAUUUUUUUCGGAACCAGGGAAAUUUCGCAGUUUUUUUGACUAAACCGUGAUUCUUUUAAUGCCUUUCUCGAUUUAGAGGAGCUUUUUGGAGCUUCAAAUUGUCUUAAAUUUCUUGAAAUUGCGUUUUGACUAGGGAUGUACUGAUAAGAAAAUCAGGGAAUAAAAAAAUGACAAAAUAACUUCAAUAAGUGUUUAGGAAACGAUAGAAGGUCGGGCAGCGGUUUGGCGGCUUCGACCUUUGGAAGCUCCGCUUUUGAUACAAACAAAAUGGUUCGGGCCCUCAGUGAAUUGGUAAUCAUUCAUUUGAAUCUUAGUUCAAGCGAAAAUUCCAUAACUUCUCCCCCCAAAAAAAAAAAAUUGCAAAAAGUUGAAGCAAAAGUACCGUCUUUCUUUUUUUUUAAAUCAGGGUUGUAUGGAAAUUGAAUAUUGUAUUUGGAUUAGGCUGAAUGAAAAAAACUGGUUUUUUUCAGAAUCAAAAUGCGGACGACGACUUCUUGUUGCCGGUCAGGGAGCAGGAAUUCAAGUGAGUUUGGAGACCAAAAAAAAAUUUUUUUACCGACUUUUUUAAAGAUAAACGCUGAAAAGUAGCCGCUUUUUCAAAAUUUUGAGGAUUUCGAACCAGAAAAGGUCGAAGAAAACUCGUUUUUCAGGAUCGAAUUUUGAAAUUUUUGAAUUUGAAGCUCCAAUUUAGCAUCAAAAAUCAUAUGAGUUGGGAAUUUUUUUAAAUUCAGAGUUUCUAUGAAUUUAUUUCUAGUUAAAAAAAUUUGCAUUGAUAAUUCCAAUUUUUUUUUUUUGUGAAUUUUUUUCAAAGCCUUUUCAUAACUUUUUGGCAUUAUAUUCAAGCCGACUUUUUUCAAAAAAUACAAUAGUCAAUUUUUGAAAAAUUUCAAAUUUUUUUUGCCCGAUUCAGGUUAAUUUUCUCAGUAUUUGAUUUAUAAAUUCAAAGAAAUCAUCAACUUUUGCCCGAUUCAGAAUCGAAUCGGCCCGAUUGGAAAGCGCCUUGAGGUCAACGGUGGCGACGGCCUCGAUCAACGACAGGAAAGAAAGUCUCCGGGUACUCUCCACCAUUGUGACGUGAGUUUGGAAAGUACGCUCUGUUGAGAAUCCGCUCAGAAAAUCAUCGAAAAUAGUAAAUUUUUCGUAAAAUAUUAAGAAGAGUUUUUUCCAAUGAAAUUUGAGGACUUUUGGUCAAAAAUUAUAUUUUUCUCAAAAGGGAUAAAUUUUUUAUUUGUGUAUCUUCAGAGAUCCGACGUUGCCCGAGCCAGACGUAAGAAAAAUUGGCGAAGCUCUGGACAAAUUGGUCGCCGAGGGAAAUGUUCAUGUGAGUUUGAGAGGCGCAGAGAAAAUGAGAGAUUUAUGACAUCAAUUAAAAAAAAAAAAUUGAAAUCAAGGGUUCUAGAAGGUCAUUUUUUAUAGUUCUAUCGUUGAAAUGACGUCAGUAACAUAUGGUCUUUUCAAGUGACGUCAUAGCUCUCGAAUGAUACGACGUCAUUUAAAAUAUCUCUCUGGAGUUGUAGUCUUCUGAUUGGCUUGUCACGUAAUUAGGGGGCGGAGCCUAAAGAAUACCUUGAAAUUCGAAGUAUUCAGGAGGACAUUUGGUGACGUCAUAGUUGUCCAAAGAAAUGACGUCAUUUUCCUUGAGGUUCCUGAUUUUUAAGAAUGACGUCAUAGAUAGGAAUAAGAAAAGGCGUAUUUAAAAAAAAAGGUAAAGAAAAACUUUGAAUGUUCAAAUUUGCAUCAGAAAUAGUUUCAAUGACGUCAUUGGACACUUUGGUGACGUCAUCAUUAUCUUUGUCAAAUAAAACAUUGAGCUCCUGUUCAUACGCUUUCCGUUGUAUUAGGUAUAUCUAUUGGAAAUGAAAAUUUAAAAGUCUUCGGAAAGCCUAUGAUGACGUCAUAAUAACCUUCAUAAAGUUGAUUGUUCAGCUCCUGGUCAUACGGUUUCCCUUUUAUUAAUUAUAUCUAUUGGAAAUGGACUUCAAAAAGUCUUCUAAAACUUUAUAAUGACGUCAUGAAAGGAUUUGAUGAAGUAUGACGAUAAUGACGUCAUAAUAACCUUAAAAAGCUUAAUUGUUCAGCUCCUGGUUCAAGCCCUCGAAGCGACGGCGUCUUUCGUAAGAGUCCACCAUUCAAAGCUUUCUUCCUGGCUCCCCAUGUUCCUGGGACGCCUGGUCACCAAAAUGAGCAACAUGAUGUUGCCUCACUUCAAAGUGACCUCUCAAGAGGCCAGGAAAACUCUAAAGGGACCAUUUGCAGACGCAGUACGCGACGACGAAAACGGCGAUUUUGUCGUCGUUCGACCCGCAGCAGCAGCUCACCGCCGUGUGUAAAUACAUCACCGAGCCGACGAAUAUGUUGGCGCCGAAGGUAAAGGGUAAAAAAAAAUGAAACAGCUUGAAAAAUUGAACUGAGAAUGAGAAUAAAAAAACGGAUUAAAUGAGCUAAAAUAGGUUUAUGUGAGCUCAAAAUGAGGCAAAAUGUGCCCAGUUGAGCUUCAAAAAAGAAAAUUGAGGUCUUGAAAGUUUUAAAUUUCAAUAGUUUGUCAAGUGAGCUCAAAAUGAGACAAAUCAUGUUCAGUUGCGUUUUAAAAAAAGAAAAUGUUAGUUUUCAAAGUGUUGGUCAUGAAAAGUUUGCAUAAAACUGAUUAAAGAAGCUCAAAAUCAGUCAAACUAAAUCAAAAGGUGCUCAGUUGAACCUCAAUUAAAAAAAUAGCCAUUUUAUAAGUUUUAAAUGGGGAAAGUUUGACAAAAAGCGGCUUAUAUGAGCUAAACUUGGUUUUUGUGAGCUCAAAAUGAUGCAAAAUGUGCCAAAUUGCGUUUCAAUUGAAUAUACUUUGAUUUUUAAAGCUCUAGAUGGGAAAGUUUUGCUUAAUAGCUGUUCAAACGAGCUAAAAUAUGUUAAAUCGAGCUCCAAGUCAGUUAAAUUAAGCCAAGAUAAUUCUAGCUACGCUUUAAAAAAUUUAUUGAAUGAAACAUUUUUUAAAGUUUCAAGUGGGAAAGUUUUGCUUGAAUGGAUUGAAAUUCUAAGUCUUGGUUGAAUUAGGCUCAUUUGCGCUCCAUUGAGAAUAUUUCAGCUCCAAAAUACCGGUUGAACAUAGUAAGCCUUUAAAAGAUCAUUUUUGAUCGAGAAUUGAACGGACAAAUUUAAAAAGGUUAAAAAAGGGACAUUUGAUAGUUACUGUGCCAUCUACAGAUAAAAUUAGAACGCUCCAAACACAUUUUUCCAGGCGAAGGCGACGAUCCUGCAGUAUCUGGACGACUUGCUGAAGACCUACAUGGAGCACGGAGCUUCCUAUAAUUCUCGAGAAGUUCAAGGAACCGUCAAGAAGAUCUUCCAGUGGCUUGACGAUCAGAGAAGCGCCGUGGCUCAUCCGGUGAGGAUAGGAUAAUAUUUUUAUCCGUGGAAUAUUGUUCCUUUGGAGCUAUUUUUACAUGAUUUUUGAGAGUUUUGAGCUAAAACGCGCUAAAAAAAAAGAGUUACCUUAGAAUUUGCUGAAAAUUAGAUGAGAGGUACUUUAGAGCGUCCAGAUUCUCACUGAAAUGAAAUUUAGAAGAUUUUCGUUUUUUUUUCGAUUUAUUAAGCUCCAAAGAUUUGGAAACCGAUAUCUUAACUGUAAAGCUUGACUAGAAAUCGGAGACUGUGAACUUUUUUUUUUUUUUGGAUUCGGUGGCCUAGGACUUCUCUCAAGAAAGAUAUUAUUUUUUGUGAAAAUCUAAGGCUUUUUCUUUUUUUAUGAGCUCGUGAAGCUGAAUACUGUUCUUCAAACUCACCAAAGCCAGAUUUUUAUUCAAUUUUUCUCACAGCUCUGCGAAGAAGUCCUCUGCGACCUGUUCGCCGUGAACGCGGCCGACUUCUCGAUGAUGUUCACCUCCUUCGACCCACAAUAUCGCGACCUGGCCUACAAUAUCCUGCAACGCCACGGCCACAGUGAACACAGCGCCACGUCCUCGGCAGCUCAUCAUAUGUGAGUUUGAAAAAAGAGGAUAAAAGACGAAAAAUAUCCCUUUAUAUUGGGGAGAGCUUUGAAACGUCAUAUCUGCGCUCCAAAAUAUUUUCCUUGAAAAUUAUUGGUUUUCUGUGACCAAGAGGUCAAGAUCUACAUACCCUCAAAAAAUGAGCUCCAUCGGAGACACUGAAAUUUCCAACUUUUGAGGGCUUUUUUCUAACUUUUUUCACAGACGUAUUGGGCAAUUUUUGAUACCAGAUUUGGAAUCAGCAUGAAAAACUACAUCUAGAAUAUGUGGUCUCAUUCAGAAGCCCCACUGCUUCCAAAGACCAUUCUCUAGUCGGAAAAUGUCUCUGAAAUUACUUGUUAUCAGUUUUUCCCGAAGGAAUCACGUGAAUCACUUCCGUCUAUGAGAAAAUGAAGCGAAUCUGGUGAAAUACGUCCAAAAAUGCGUUCAAAGUAGUUCCUGAAUAUUGAUAUUCCUGUUUUGAAUUUAUUCCCAAUAUUGCGAUUGAGUUCGAAGAAAUAAAAUCAAAACGAUGAGAAGCCGAAAAAAUCGUUUAAAGAUCCUGAAAAUCAAAAAAAUAUUAUUUAGAAAAUGAUUCUCGAAAAUCGCGUCACCUAGAGGAAUAUGCGCUCCAACGCUAAAAUACGAGAUUUUUUGGUUUUUCGGGAUAUUUGGCGAUCAAAAGGUCAAGAUGGAGAAUUACAAUUGUUAUGGGACGCCUCAGAUUGUUAUCAAAGCGAUCCAGCUUUUCUUGUUCUUGAAAUAAUUUUUUAAAUUUUUCUUGGAUAAAAUAAGAGUUCAUUCCUCUCCGUGAAAAUCGCGUUUUUCUAUUUUUUGAGAGGCUCUCAACUUCAGAAUAAUUUGUGGUGUUUCAAAAUUUGAAACACUUUUCGCCUUAAUGCAUUUCCUGUUGGCAGCUUUAAUGAAAUUACUAAAAAUAUUUGAGUUAUUCAAAUUUGACUUCAGUUUGUUUAUUAAAACUCAAAUUAUUUUACCAUUUUCUUUCAAAAGCCUCAGAACUCUAGUCAAGCGGUUAGAUUUGAGAAAAAUGAAAUACUGGAGGGAUAUAUCAGAAUCCGUAUCAAAAAAAAAAGAAAAGUUUUCCUCCCAUUUGAAGAUGCCUCCCCAAUGCAUUUCCUAUGUGCAGCUUCUCCCCUGAGGCAUCUUUGCCCUCACUUUUCUUCCCUUUUUGAACGGCUUAUCCACUCCUCGACGCCUUUUUUCGUUUGUUUUUAAGCUUAUAAGGAAGUUCCGAUUGAUUCUUGGCCCGUUGAAAUGUAUAGUCGCACGUUUUGAUAGUUUUUAGGGUCUUGAGAGGAAUUUUUUAAUGGAAUUUAGUGGUUUUCGAAAUGUUUACAAGUUUCAGGGAGUGAGUCAUUUUGAUUUGUUGGAAAUUUGGAAGCUUUGAAUUUUUUUUACUUUUAAAUUUUUUUUUUUCAAUUAUUCCAAUAUUUUUUGCCAUUUGCAUUUUUCGAACUGCAUUUUCAGGACUCGUUUCUUUUUUUCUGCUUUCAAAUCUUCUCUUUUUUUUUGUUUCUUCUUAGAAGGAAAAAGAGCACCUGAACAAGGAUAAAUCAACUCGUCAACGAACAGUAAAUGGAGAGAAAAACGGCUGUUAUUUAUAGAUUUCUAGUCUUUUUUAUUUCCUCAAGCCGAAAGGACGUUGGUGGCACUCGACGACUUCGACCUCGACACGUAGACUUGGAUUAUAUGUUUCUGGAAAUCCAUAAAUUGUUGAAAUGACCCGAAACUUGGUUUCCUUCAUUCAGAAGAAAGAUAAGCCGAUACAUUUUUUUUUAAGCUUUCGAUUUUGAAUUGAUUUGUUUUUCUUUCAAAUUAAGAACGAAAGUGUCAAAUUCCGGAAAACUAAAGUACUUUUUCGAACAAAAAUGAAAAACUGUAGGUGGAUUCAAGGCCUUAAAAGAGAAAAUCUUGAGAAAUUCAGGCGUCUUAAAGUUCCAGCUGACUAGGACGCAGAAAGAACAGAUAAUUUAUUUUUAAAAAAAUUCUAAAAAACAAAAUUUUGGCCACUUAUUCUCGUAAUUAUGACAAUUUGUCAGAAAUCUAGCCUCAGUUUUCCUUUUUUGUGAUUAUUUUUCUCCAGAAAAAUGUUCUUAACAUUUUCCAACAACCCAGCGCGCAAGUCGUUUUCGGUCGGUUGAAACAGUUCAAUUUAUUUUUCCCGAAGUUUUUUUGGAUUCAAAGCAAGCAGCUCUGUUUUUAAGGUUCAAAUUUUUAAAUAUAUAUUCAAAAAAAUUGCGCCCGACUUUUUACCUACUUUUCUAUUUCCUAUUCAAACUUGAGCUCAUGAUUUUUUUUUUCACGGGGUGCCUUGACAGUUUUUCAGGUUAGAUGUGGAAAAAUUAUUUCUUCGUCCUAUUUUCAGUCACAUUUUCAAUGCAAGACCUUCCAAUAACGAGCCGAAAAAGAAAAAUCAUUAAAACCCCAUUUUUCCAGGGGACCUUCCUCGGUGGAGAACGAGUGCGUUCGGACGUCGAUCAGCUCGACUUCGGCCCAAAUAACGGAUUUCGUCGGCCAAACGGCGCACCGACUCGGAAACGUCCUCGGAACCUCCUCGCCGGCCCCGAUCUCCAACGGAGGCUUCCAUCAGAACCCCUCUCUGGGAUCUGUCAACGCUACCUAUAGUUCGUUUGCGACCAGGACUCGGAAAACGUCCGGCUUUUCCAGAUAGCUCGCCGAAAGCCUCCGCCCUGAGCAACGUCUCCGACUGCGGCGACAUGCAGAACUAUCUGAACAGCAGCAAUGGGUCUCAUGAUAUGGUAGGUUGUAAUUUUGUAAGGGCUGGUUGAUCUAGGACUAUCAAUUCAAGAGUAGGAGCCAAGGAUUAUCUGUCAGGCGACAGUCCGCAAUAUGCCGUCGCGUGUAUGCACACUCCGGAUACUUUUUCUCGCAAGCAUGAGCAUAUAUCCGUUUAGAGAUCAUGGUAAACUCGGAGAUAACUGAAUCCUACUCUUCAUGUUCCCUUUGUACUGACCUGCCAAUCCAACAGAAAACAGGCCUUAGACAUUGUGUAGAACGAGGAGAGUACCAGUCUCUCCAAGUACCGUGCUCUCUAACCGUUUAUUUUUAUCUCUUUUCAUAUCAUUUUUCAUCAGCUCUCUCGUCCAUAAAUAUGUUAAAAACGCCAGAGUGGUCCCUGUAGGGGCUAGGGAGAGAAACUGCACCUCUAGGGGACGAAAAAGUGUUGAUAUUUAUCCCUCAAAAACGCUAUCCAUUAAGUUUUUCGACAUUCUUCUCCUCAGUCCAUAAGCAUGCCCUCUAAGAGCCAAGUAAACCUUAAAAAAGAGAUGAAGUGGUCUCUAGAGGGGAACCUCCAAGCUUUCUCCUAUAGGGGCCUUUCUGUAGUUCGUAAAGAAACUUUUUUCAAGUUAGUCUUCGAAAAAGAUCGAAUCCCUGUUAUUUUGUGAGAUCCUAUGGUAAGAUUCAUGAAAAUUGGACUUUUUUCAGCGUUUGAAAAAGAAAAAAAAACAAGUAAGUAAAAUCGUAUAUAAAUCCAUAUUUUUCCAAGGUAUUCGAAAAUACGAUCCAUUUGGCGCACGAUAUCGAAAGUCAACAUGCCUACGUCCAGAAUCUUUUCGAGAGCUUCAACGAUUUGAGCAGGUUUUUGAGAAGAAAGUUGGAAAAUUGAUGGAAUUUUUCAGAGAGGAAGACGUGAAAAAAUCCCUGCUAUCUCUUCACAAUAUGAUGUCUGAAGGAUCUUUCACCACUUGGGACACUUAUUUCCCCCGUCUUUUUGUUGAUCAUUUUUUUGAGGUAAAACAAUAGUAGAAUUUUAGGGGGAAGCUUGAAAUUUUGAAAAAGUAUUUUGACUGGGAGGAUUUUGUUUCAGUUUUAAGCUUUUUUUGCCUUUUCAAAUCGAAAUUUCAUUUAAAAUAAUUCUCAAACUAAAACUUGAAUCCAGGAAAAAGCCGCGAAAACUGAAAAUCUAUAACGUUCUGUUGCUAACUCUCGAAUUUUUGAGUUUCACCGAAGAAAAGGUGAAAAAAUAGCUUUAAGAGGUUCUAGAAACAAAAAAGUGAUAUUUUGUAAGUUCACUGCUUAUAGGGUACAUAAGAUGAGUCGUUCUGAUCUUGAAAAAAGAAAGUUUUGAAGAACCUUUAGGUAAAAUAGCUUUAUUCAGAGUAAAGAAGAAAAUUGAGAUUUUAGAAACUUUUUGAAAGGAGAAUGUAUAUUAGAAAUACAUAAAGACUAUUUCUAUCGAAAUUUUGACGCUCAGCUACUAAUUUUAAAGUUCUAAAUCUAUUCGAAAAAGAAGAUAGCCUGAAAACAGCUAUAGAUGGUUCACUGUCGAAAAAAAGGGUCCUGACACGAUUUUUCAAAAAGAGGAUGCUUGGUUGGUGGAGAGCGCAGACGGGCCACGCCCCUUUUCCUCGCAAACUCUCGAUAACUCGUUAACACGAGUCUGAUGUUUCUGAGCAGUUCAAGGAAACACUUAAGAGAGCUCACGCCACUAAAGUGGUCACUAGGAAUGCUCUGAAAGUCCGUUACCAAGGUUAGAGCUAUCCGGAAUCGGCUAUAAAACAAAAUAGCCUUCAAAUUCGAUAUUUGAUGUUCCAUUGAUAAUUUUGAUCUCUCAUGUCUUUUUCGAAAAUUGGGAAGUUCUGUGAUUAAAAGUGACCCAGGCCUUCUUGAUACCAAGAAAAAAAACUUUUAUACUCAUUUGAAAAAAAGCUCAAAAAAAGAUCCUUCUAGGUACUUGUAAAAUGCGGACCUUCCGUGAAAAAGCCGGCUCUCCGAGUCCUGAUCAAAAUGUGCCACGCCCAAGCCUCCCGCUUGUUUGACAGCACCGAAAUGGCGAUCUGCAAGGUCCUCGACGCGACCGUCGACGUCAGCGAUGGAACUGUAAUCAAUAGAUCGAUUGGAAAAAUCAAUAAUCACUCGAUUAAGCUUCUCGUCGUGGCCGAAGAUUGUCUCAGAACUCUGGCCACCCAUUUGCCGCUUUCGAAGGUGAUCAACUGCGCCUACGCGAAUUUGAACAAGGAGAAUGUGGUGGGUCUAGGCUGUUUUCAUAGGGAAAGUUAGCUCUGUUGAUAAGAAGCUUUUUUACUUGAACUCAAAAGCUAGAAAAGUGAAAUUUAUGAGUUGAUGUACUUUAUAAAGUGUUCAACGGAUAAAAGGUGAUUAUAAAAAGUUUUUCAAGACUGAAAAGAUUUUUGAACGAAAAAUGCGCUCUAUUGAGAAAAUUUUGAUUUUUGGGAGGAUAUAGGCUUGGAAGUUAAGGUUUUCACUGAAAAUCGUUUCCAAAAGGCGAGAGAAACUUUUUUUGAAUCAUAUUUGCUCCAUUGAUAAAACUUUGAUUAUUGAAGGAUCUAGAUUUCUCUCCUCGAAGUUUGCUGCAUGUUUAGAUUGGAAUUUUGAUAUUUAGGUUGAUAUAGUUGAUCCGAAGGAUUCGGUUAGAAAAUAGGAAAAUAGAGCUUGAUUUUAUAGUCUGUUGCGCCCUAAUGAUAAUAUCCCAUUUUAUAUUUUUUUUUUCUUGGUUGAUCAGCUUAGAAAUAAAUCAUUUUUGAGGAACUGUUCUUUUUUAAAAUUGCAACUUUUUCCAGGAAGAUUCUCGGGUGAUGUUAACUCUGAAGAUGCUGACGAGGUUGUUCGAAUCGACGCCCGCCGACGAGUUGGCCCCGAUUCUUGACGAAAUUGCGCCCUCCGUUGUUAAGGUGAGAAGAAAUGGAACAGUUGAGGUUGAGAAAUGGAUAUUUUGGAGGUAAAAAAGUUGGAUCAUUCAGAUUUAUAAAUUGGAUCCCUUGAAAAAAGGUCCUAAGGUCAGAAAAUGUACCCCUUAAGGUACAAAGGUUAAGGCCUCAAGAUUAAAAAAAAAAAUAGGGUCUUUAGGGUUUAACGUGGUACUCUAAAGUUGAACAGGGUCCUCUAAGGUUAAACUGGGUUCUCUAAGGUUGAACUGGGUCUUUUAAGGUUGAACUGGGUCUUCUAAAAUUAAACUGGAUCCUCUAAAAUUAUACUGGGUCCUUUGAAGUUCAACUGGGGCCUUUAAAGUUCAACUGGGUCUUCUAAGGUCAAACUAGGCCUUAUAAGGUUAAACUGGGUCCUCUAAAAUUGAACUGGGUCCUCUAAGGUACUCUAAGUUUAAAAAAAUAGGCCCUUCAAGUUUAUUUUCCUUUGGAUCUUUUAGCUUUUAGGGUUAAAAAAUUGGAUCAAUUGAAGUUUUAAAAAAAACUGGGUCCUUUAAGGUUUAAGAAAAUAGAUCCUUCAAGAAAAUAUCUUACAGGUUUCCAGUGAUAUCAUUCAUUUCACUCACAAAAAUAACUGGAAAUUUGAAGUGAACUGAAAAAUCAUCUUUUCCUGUUUUCGAAUCGAGGACGUCGUCUGGAAUCCACCAAUAAUAAAAAUAUUAAUUUCAUUCACUAAAAAUAACCAGGACUAAUAGAAAAAAGAGAAAGAAAAAGGAUAAAACCGAAUUUUUGGCCCCCUCUCACCUCCUAGUACAAAUAAUCGAUAUUUGAUAUAUUUCAAAAAGACGAUUUCAGAGCUACGACGCUCCAACUUCCGUGGUCCGAAAGUGUUCCGUCUUCUGUCUCGUUUCGAUGGUGAACAAACUCGGAAAUGCACCGCUGCAGCCCUACCUCGCCGAACUCUCUCACCACAAGGUAAUUUGCAAAAUCUGUUGAAAAUAGUCAUGGAUACGAGAUAAAAAUGAUCAAAAAAGUGAAAUUAUCGUCGUGGGUUUUUCCGAUUUUGAAGAAUAGGUGUUUCUACUAGGAUGACUUGAGUGUGAGGCAGUUGGUGAAAAUUGUUUCAACCGACCAAAAACGACUUGCGCGCCGGGUUAUCAGGAAUGGUUAAGGGAGUGUUUUGAAGGACAAUAAUCAAAAGUAAAAAUGUUCGCUCAGAACUUUUCAAAUUCGCUUUUUUGGUUAUUAGUGAGCCCAUCUGGAAUGGCUUAAUUGUGAUGCGGUUGAAAAAAAUUGCUUCACCAGACCGAAUACGACUUGCGCGUUAGGUUAUCAGGAUUUCCGACAACAGUUAUAGUUAUAAGUAUCCGCGGCCAAACGACCAGAAUUUGGUUUUUUAGUUUUUUCUUUCAUAGAUUUUUUUCCGACCUUCUAGCCAGCUGGAACUUUGAGACGCCUGAAUUUCGAAGUUUUCCAAGAUUUUCUCAUAUUAGGCAUCCUAGGAGGUUUUUUAAAAGCCUUUUUUAUCUCGAAAAAUAUUUUUUGACAAUUUUCGAGUUUUCUAGAGGUUUAUCCGGAAAAUUAGAAAUCCUUUUUUUAAUUGAAUAACUAUCUUUCCAAAAAAAAAUUGAGCCCACUCACAGUUUUUUUCAUUUUUUUGUUCAAAAAAAUAAUUUUUAGUUUUUUUCCGGAAUUUGACACUUUCGUUCUUAAUUUUGAAAGAAAAAAACAAAUCAAUUCAAAAUCGAAAGCUUAAAAAAAAAUGUAUCGGCUUAUCUUUCUUCUGAAUGAAGGAAACCAAGUUUCGGGUCAUUUCAACAAUUUAUGGAUUUCCAGAAACAUAUAAUCCAAGUCUACGUGUCGAGGUCGAAGUCGUCGAGUGCCACCAACGUCCUUUCGGCUUGA